AAUACGGGCACCCAUCUUAGAACGUAUAAGUGAAUAUAUCAUAGGUGAAGUGAAUACCAUUGACAAGUUUUAUUUAUUUAAAUUAUUAAAUAUUCGCAAACCAUGGCUACGGAUGAUUCGUGGAAAACGCAAAGUUUUCGACAGAGCGUAAUCGCGAAAAUAGAUGAAGCUAUACAGAUGUCUGGUAUGCCUACAACAAAAAAUAGCAUUGAAAUGGAAAAUCAUGUCUUCCAAAAGGCAAAAUCUAAGGAGGAAUACUUGGGUUUUAUCGCCAGAUUAAUUCUUCACGUCAGAGAAAUGAAUUCUAAAAAAGGUGCAGCUGGUAAUGCACCGGGUAAUGCUGGAACUAACAAUCAAGGCAUGCCAGAUCCAAUCGGCGCUUUACAGACAUUGGCGCGUCAAGGAACAGGAAAUAAUCAAAUGAUGGGUAUAGGCCCAGGUCCUAAUCAUCAAGGCAUAAUUCCGCAACCUGCGAACACUGCAACUAAUCUCUUGCAAAGUUUAAAUCAACGACCUGGUCAACCAAUGAAUAUGCCUGGCAUGCAGAAUAAAAUGCAAGGUAUGGGUAUGAUGCCAUCGCAAACUGCUGGUCCAAUGAGUCACAUGGGUCCAAUUCAAACAAUGCAAAACAAUCCUAUGUUGACUCAAAUGAAUCAAAUGGGACAAGGAAAUAUUUCUCAACAAAUGAAUCAAAUGGUAUCUGGACAAAUGGGUCAACUAUCUGCUGGACAAAUGCAACAAAAUAUGCAGUCCCAAAUGCAGAAUCAACUACCAGGUCAAAUGAAUAAUCAAAUCGCGGGUCCAAUAGGCAAUAUACAAACGAGUAUGCCACAACAAAUGAAUCAAAUUGGUCCUGGGCAAUUAGGCCCUGGGCAGAUGCAGCAGCAAUUGAGUCACAUUCAAAGAAAACCGACUGAAAUGAUGAAUACCGGAUUCCCUGGUCCACGUAACGUUACGCCUAAUCAAUUUUUAAGACAAAGUCCAUCUCCUUCAGCUCCAAGUCCAGCUGGUUUAGGAGCACCAUCAAGUAAUCAGAUGGUAGCUUCGCCCGCUCUGGUGCCAUCACCAAGCCCUCAGCAUGCCAUCAUGACAGGACCAUCGCGUUCUGUAAAUUCUGUAGGUAUGGCGCCAUCUCCAAGUAGUUCAUUAAAUACUCCUGGAGGUGUAGGUGCCACACCCAGUCCUCAGCAAGAAGAUCAAGCUUACAGAGAUAAAGUCAGACAAUUGAGCAAAUAUAUAGAGCCAUUACGAAGAAUGAUUUCCAAAAUGAGCAGCGAAGGAAAUGUCGAUAAACUCAGCAAGAUGAAAAAGCUUUUGGAGAUUCUAUCAAAUCCGAGUAAACGUAUGCCACUAGAUACAUUGCUGAAAUGCGAAGUUGUCUUAGAAAAAUUGGACUUUAAGAGAGGUGAUGGUAGCGUCGGACCGCCAGUAACGACAUUAAAAGAGCACCAAAUUUUCAGUCCAUUAUUAGAAGCUGUAAGCACACAUCUUCAAAGUCCAGUAAUCAAUCAUACAUUACAACGUACUUUUGGACCAUGCCUAGAUGCCUUAUUUGGACCUGAGAUAAAAAACUUGCCACCACCAUUGAAGAAGCACAAGGUAGAAGAAUCACCUAGUGAAAUACCAGAUGUAUUACAAGGAGAAAUAGCUAGAUUAGAUCAGCGAUUCAAAGUUAGUCUAGAUCCAGCGCAGCAAAAUGGAUCUAAAUGUAUACAAUUGAUAUGUUGGCUCGAUGAUCGUCAUCUUCCAUGUGUACCACCGAUCUCGGUCACAGUUCCAGCAGAUUACCCUUCUACGCCACCUCGUUGUGUCAUGGCGCCACAUGAAUAUGAAGCAACAACAUUUCUAUGUGCUGUUCAAAAAGCUCUCAAUGCCCGUGUUGCAAAACUGCCACGUCGUUUUUCGCUCUCCCAGUUGUUGGAUACGUGGGAGAUGAGCGUACGGCAAGCUAGUGCACCGAGGGAAACAUCUAUUACUGCCAGUACAAUACUGAUGGGUUUUUAAUAUAUCUAUACAUAAAAUUUUUUGUUUGUCGUACCCUUUUUUCAAUUUUGUAUAACUGCUCUAAUUAUAACAAAUUAUUUUUCAUGGUGAAUAUAAUUGGACAAAAUACAGUAAUACUUUUGUAUAGUAGAUUUUCUUAUCGAAUAAGCUACAACAUAUAUUAGUAUAUAA